UUUGUCUUGGUGGUUUGGAUCAGACUUUCUUCCAUGAUUGUAAGGUUAUUUCCUGUAGAUCCUCCUUAUCUUGCAUCUGGAUCCUGGUGUGUGUGUUGACUCACUAUUCUAUCCAAGGCACAAUUAGAAUUGUAGGGUCAUAGAAUGGCCUGGGUUGAAAAGGACCACAAUGAUCAUCCAGUUUCAGUCCCCCUGCUAUGUGCAGGGUCACCAACCACCAGACCAGGCUGCCCAGAGCCACAUCCAGCCUGGCCUUGAAUGCCUCCAGGGACGCAACAUCCACAACCUCCUUGGGCAGUCUGUUCCAGUGUGUCACCACCCUCUGAGCCGGAUGAAUUAGUUCUUAUGAGGUGAUAGUGGCAACUCCUGGAUUUUCUCACACCCAGAAGAGUUAUCAGUAAGCCCACACAGUAGGUGAGCAGUGCGUGGGCACUCACCUAAUGGCUCCAGGGAUAGGAUCAUAUGCUGACUGUGUGUGUUUAGAGCCACUGUGUGCAUUGCCUCCCUGGAGCAAUGAUUGCUGAGUGCACAUAGUUGGUAUUAGAGGGGAUAGAAGGGCAGCUGACCGGAGAACUUCUGCUUGGCUACAGGAGGGUUUGCAUGAUGUCCACUCUGUAGUAAAGUGUAAUUCUCUGGCUAGCAGCUGGAAUCUAGUCUUAUUGUUUGCACUCAGAGACCAGACUUCUCCAGCCUAUCUCUCUGUAUGGUGUUUUUAUUGAUUUUUCCUAGAGAACUUUUAGCAGUUCUGGAAAGCACAGGUUUGGUGGUAGCCCAGCUUAAGGUCACUGAUUCUGCUUAAUUUAAAACACUGUCAUCAUGUUGGGAGAGAAAAGCAUUCAAUAAAUGGGGCCAAAAAGGCAAUUACAUAAUUGUUCUUAAAAUCUUUAAGGACUUGCUGGUUGUUUUUUAGGACUUAAUUGGACGGGUUUUAUUUCCUGUAACAAAGGCUGUUGCCUUUGUUGUAACAAAGGCUGUAACAAAGGCUGUUGCCUCCUAUUAAUAAUCUUUACAGUGGUGUUGUCGUGGGCAGGUUACUCAUUUUAAAAGUAAGAACUGAAGUUCUUCAAACACAGGCAUUUGAGUGUUACGUUGAUAUGCAGGAAGAGCAAUUCGUUGGUUUAAUUUCCCUUCGUUUCACGCUUUAAUGCUUCUUCUGAAGCUGUAGCUGUCUGCUGGGAAGCCCACAGGCAGACUGCUGAGCUAAGUCACCAUAAAUCCAUUUUUAAGAAUUGAUAUCUACUAACUGAAAUGCAGUCACAACAUGCAAGGCUUGAAAUGAACUCAGAGAAGGGUUAAUCUGAAAGGUGGGAUCGCUGACACUUUGUUUCUACAAUAAAAUAAAAUCAGUUUUGGUGAGACACAAGUUUUUCUUUGGUCUGGAUAGUAUUUGUUAUCUGAAGUCCAUCAGUGGCUCUACACUUAGAAAUUGAAUGAAGAAUGCAUAAUUUUAGAUGCUUGGGUUGCGUGAUUGUUUUCCAUGAAGUAGUAAAAUAUUCUGAUUAAAUAUAUGCAAGAAAUAGAUUUUCCUCUGCUUGAGUGCUCUUUGUUUAAAACAAAAAAUAUAUGCAUCUUUUUGAAGUCAGGAGAUCUGUGUUUCUUAAUUUUCUGCCUUUUAUAGACUAGCUUAUUUGGAUCAAAGCAUCUUCCAGCUUGCUUAGGAAAAGCUUUUGUGUGAGGAUGGUGCUGUGAAGAGCCCUCAACAGAAGGGUAUUUCAAAAUGAUCAUUUAUGUCAUUAUGCAAACAGGAGAUGCAAUAGUUUCUGGCCUUUGCAAAGCAAUUUUUAAAUAUAUUUCUAAAUAUAUUAUUUGGUAAAAAUAACUUAAUGAUAGAUUUUUAUGUAUAGGAACUACCUAUUAAUAGUUGGCUGACUUGUUACACCAGUGUGCUGCCAAUCCAGUGGGUAAAUAUUUAAACUGCCUGAUGAAGCUUGUAUAAAUAGAUGAUUCACUGCCCAUAGAGCAAACAAUGUCUCACUCAUAUGCCUCAGAUUUCUUGAAAAGCAGCUUCUAUUUUUUCCUCUGCAUAAUCCCCAAUAAAAUGUGCAGUGUGGUCAUUAUGGUUUUAUCAGCACAGUCUCAUGUGUUCAAUUAAGAACAAUAUGGUUCCUUCCUGUGUAUUAAGUAGUGAAUGUGAGGAGAAGGAGUUUAUCCUUGGGGUUUUGUGCAACUCUUAGAAUAGUUACAGGAUGAUUCAGAUUGAAGCGUAUUGGUUUGAUAUUCUUCUAUUACUCAGCUUCUCACUGCAUCAUCUACUGCAACAUGAGUUUUAUCAGCUGUGUUGUGCCUGUAAAGAGAGAAGAAAAAUGGGCGGAAAUUCAGAUUUGCGGUAGGAUUUUUAAAGAAGCCUCUAAUUCUCAAUAUCAGGGCUGAAAUUAGGUUAUGAAAUAGCAUUUGCCUUUGUGACCCUCUGCAAAAUGGCAGCUCCUGCAGGGUGGUUUGUUUCCUUCAGCAUCAGAGGGUUACACUGAGGUUUUUUGAAUUACACCAAUACACGUGUCCUGUAUUCUGAUUUGAAAUUUUGGCACCUUUAGUCCUGGGGGAGCAAAGCUUCUGCAUUUGUCAUAGUUUCACUGUCAGCUUCUUGCAGCAGUUGUGGCAUUUUAUGGGAAUAUGUUGUUAUUCUGUGCUCUUUACACAUGCAACAAUGUUAAAAAGACGCUGAAGGAUCACACUGAGCGUCCUUUUGUCUUGUUAAAGUUAGGUAUUUCUGCUUAUCAGAUUGGGAAGCACCUGCUUUCAGGAACAUACCACUGCUCUUUCAUGGAAGCGGUAUUUGGGCAAGUCUGAACUCUCCUCUGGUACUGCAGCAUUGACAUGAUUGCUGCAGUCUGGCAGUUCUUAAGUGCUCUAUUAGAUGAGUUCAGUAACUGCAAGACAAGGCUAGUCCCUGACUUAGAGUUUUGCUUUCAUUAUGACAGCUCGGAGGAAGAUGUGUAAUGUAUUUAGCUGAUCUAAUCAUGUUUUUGGAUGGCCUAUGCCUGUUGUAGGAUCAGGAAUAACAUCUCCCUUGUGACGUGUGAAUUUGCAUUGUUGGAGUUCAGAAUCUACAUGUUGCAAGCUCCAGUGUAUUGUUUAGUGGUUUGUUCUUCCCUUACCCAGAAUUUCCUGGUUUUUAGGAGCCUGUGUUGUGGUUUGACCUAGCAUGUAGCUGAAUGCCUCAGCCUUUUGCUUGCUCUCCUUCCUCUCAGUGGGAUGGGGGAGAAGAUCAAGGAGAGAGUGAAGGGGGUGGGGGAGGGGGUGCAGAAAGUAGAACUCUUAGGUUGAGAUAAAAUUAUUUGCUAGGAUCAAGAAGGAAGAGAGGAAUAACAGUAAUGAUAAUACAUGUAUUUAUAAAACAAGCGAGGCUCAGAGCAAUUGCUUGCCACCCUGGCUGAUGCCCAGCCAGUACCCAAGUACUGCCUCCCUCAGCCAUCUCCACUCAGUUUUAUACUUUUCCACGUAAUGUGUAUCCCGUGUGGUAGGGGGUAUCCCUUUGGCCAGCUUAGGUCUGCUGUCCUGGUUCUGUCCCCUCCCAGCUCCUUGUGGCCCCCUCACUGGCAGGACAGUAUGAGAAGCUAAAAACUGAAACAUCCUUGGCUAUGUACAGCACUGCUCAGCAACAACUGAAACACUGGUGUGUUAUCAACCUUGUUUUUUCUCCUAAAGCCAAAGCAUAGCAUCAUACCAGAAACUGUUUUAAAAAAACCAUCUCUAUCUCAGCUGAAACCAGGACAUCCUGAUACACUGUUGCCGUCCUAAAAUCUAUUCCAAGGGACAGGUCUAUUUCAUCUCAUCUCUGCCAUCUGGCCCCAUCCUAGCGUGCUACCAGGCAUGUCCUACCUGCAAGACAAACAGCCAGUAGGUUGAGAAAGACAGAGGUUUGGGUUCGAUUUGGCCAGUGGGGAGCAUGUUUAGUUUCACAAUAACAGCUAAUUGAAUUAAUAUGUCUCAUGUUAUGUAACUUACUGUCAGCUCACCCUCCAGGAUCCCAAGCUGCAGUUUGCUAGGCUCUGUGUUCUAUCAGGUUUUUAAAGGGAGAACACUUAUCUGACAGCGGUUGUGGUCCUUGAAGGUGUUUGUUAUCUUUGGGAGUCCCACCACCCACUACUGAACCUGCUUUGGAACUUUCCAGCUAACACAGGCUUUCAGAUGAGGAGAAGAAUUGGGUGGCCUUGAGUCAUUCUUCCUUCUGUGCAGCAUGGAGUUAUGAGGAUUCAUACAGCAUGUGCAGAGCUCCAGCAGAUAACACUUUAAAAGACUUGAGGCUCGCACAUUUGGAGCCUGUGUGCCCUCUGCAAGUUCUGCACUGACUGCAGUGUUGCAAGAGAACUUAAGAAAUGGCAGCACAGUGUGUGACUAAGGUGGAGCUGACUAUUGCCUGCACAAAUCUUUUGGAUAAAGAUGUUGGUUCCAAGUCAGACCCGCUGUGUGUUCUUCUCCAGAAUACAAGUGGUCAGCAGUGGUAUGAGGUUGAUCGCACAGAAAGAAUUAAGAAUUCCUUGAACCCUAAAUUUUCAAAGAAGUUUCUAAUUGAUUACUAUUUUGAGCUUGUUCAGAAACUUAAAUUUGGAAUAUAUGAUAUUGAUAACAAAACCAUUGAACUGAGUGAUGAUGACUUCCUAGGAGAAUUUGAAUGUACACUGGGACAAAUAGUUUCUAGCAAGACUCUAACAAAACCAUUAGUGCUUAAAAAUGGCAGACCUGCUGGGAAAGGAAGUAUUACGAUUACAGCAGAAGAAGUGAAGGAUAACAGAGUUGUCUUAUUUGAAGUAGAAGCAAGGAAAUUGGACAAUAAGGAUUUUUUUGGGAAGUCAGAUCCUUAUCUGGAAUUCCACAAGCAGACUACAGAUGGAAACUGGGUUAUGGUUCACAGAACAGAGGUUAUUAAAAACAACUUGAAUCCUGUUUGGAGGCCCUUCAAAAUCUCUCUCAAUUCUCUGUGCUAUACUGACAUGGAUAAGCCCAUCAAGGUUGAGUGCUAUGACUAUGACAGUGACGGGUCUCAUGAUGUCAUAGGAAGUUUCCAAACCACGAUGUCAAAACUGAAGGAAGCAUCUCGGUCCUCACCUGUUGAAUUUGAGUGCAUCAAUGAGAAGAAAAGACAAAAGAAGAAAAACUACAAAAACUCUGGAAUUGUGAGCGUUAAGCACUGUGAGAUCAUAGUAGAAUGUACAUUCCUUGAUUACGUCAUGGGUGGGUGUCAGCUGAAUUUCACAGUGGGGAUAGAUUUCACAGGCUCCAAUGGAGAUCCACGCUCUCCAGACUCCCUUCAUUACCUCAGCCCUGAUGGAGUUAAUGAAUACCUAACAGCCAUUUGGUCUGUAGGGAUGGUCAUUCAAGAUUAUGAUACAGAUAAGAUGUUUCCAGUCUUUGGAUUUGGUGCACAGAUUCCUCCUUCCUAUCAGGUGUCACAUGAGUUCCCUAUAAAUUUUAACCCAUCAAACCCGUUCUGUAAUGGAAUCCAAGGCAUUGUUGAUGCAUACCGUGCUUGUCUUCCUCAAGUAAGGUUAUAUGGGCCAACCAAUUUUUCUCCAAUUAUAAAUCAUGUGGCAAGAUUUGCUGCUGCAGCCACACAGCAGCAAACAGCAUCUCAAUACUUUAUUCUUCUGAUCAUAACGGAUGGUGUGAUAACAGACCUUGAUCAAACUCGAACUGCCAUAGUUAAUGCUUCAAAACUGCCCAUGUCCAUUAUCAUUGUUGGUGUUGGAGGAGCAGACUUUGAUGCUAUGGAGUUUCUUGAUGGUGACAACGGCGUUCUUAGGUCUUCAUCAGGAGAACCAGCUGUCAGAGACAUUGUCCAGUUUGUGCCAUUUAGGAAGUUCCAAAAUUCUCCAAAAGAAGCUUUGGCACAGUGUGUCCUGGCAGAAAUCCCUCAGCAAGUGGUGAACUACUUCAGCACCUUCAAAUUGCAACCUCCUAAGAAUCCUGCUGCAAAUAAUAGGGGACAAAGAGAGUGACUAUGCAGAGAGAGGGAGGAGAAUGAUGGAGAGCAGAAUGGCUGCCUGUUUCAUAAAUAUGGCCAGUGAGAGUGAUCAGUUACUUUCUUGAGCGGGGAUCAACACCAAGUACUGCAGUUUCUCAGUGGUCAUAAACCAAUCUGAUGUGAAAAAGAGGGCGUAUCUCCCAGCAGGUAAGUUUGUACAUGCUGCAACAAAUCUGGAAUACUUCAGGCUUCUGUGUCUACUAAAGCACCAUAAGAAAACUUUGUUAUAAUAGUUAUAUAGUUACAUGAGUGCCAGAAUAAAGUGUAGAAGUUCUCCUUGUAUGCAUACUUCACAUUUGCUCCUUUAGUGCCUUUGACCAGUGCCUUAGAUCGAAGACUGCAUGAAUAUUGGCAAAGUCUCUAAAAAUCACAGAAAAAUACUACUGGCCCUUGAGACUACUACUAUAGAUGCUGUAAGAUACAUUUGAGUGAGAACUUCACUAAAGAAGAGGAAGUUCAGGUGUUUUUCUCUCUCUCCUUUAAGUGAGACAGUCAUAUGCCUGUUGAUCCUUACAGGACCAGAGCGUAUUGUGAAGUAGAAAUUAACAUUUUAACUGAAAAAUUCUGUUUAAUAACUGCAUGUUAUCAUAUAAAGCUGGUUCUUGAAAGUGUAACCUACUUUAUAUUGAUUUUUGUCAUAUUUUGAAUCGUGCAUUUUUCUGAUGAGCUCUCAAGAGCUGGUGAAAAGUGCCUGCAGAAAACAAUCUUUCCUCUUCCACCCCCAGUAGGAAGUUCUAAGAAAGCAUCUUUUGGAUUUUGGAUGGUGUAGUUGUAGCACGUUACAACAACAUGAGCUAAAACUGAAUUUAACCUUCUUGGGCACCCAAGAUGGUACCAGAUUAUAGUGUAUGUGCCUUUUCUGGCUGCUGGAGCUGCACUGUUCUUUUUCCACAUAUGCAUAGUUUUGCCAAAAAUCUGAAUUCAUGUUAAUGCGUUAACGUUCAUGGAUGAGCAUUGAGAUUGCUUUACACAUCCUGUAGGUUGGUUUAAAGGUUCCAUAGGCAGCUGACUAGUUACCAAUCAUCAAUUAAUAUGAUAUUUAUUCUCCACUCUGUUUUUCUUGGUGGAAGAGGGACCUAAAUUGCUUUAGAACUGUGAUAUAAGAAAGAUAUUUUGUUUGGUAUUAAGUCAAGCACACUUUAGAAAAAAUAUAUAUAUAUAAUUCAUGUUUUGGUCAUAAAAUAAUAUAUGGAGUCAUUUCUUUGUAAGUGAAGUGCAAAUGCAUCAGUAUUUCAUACAUAAGAUAUAAUGAACUGUCAUGCUAUAUCUGCGACAGACAAUAUUAAUAUCAAGGAAGUAGUUAUGAACCUAAAUCACACUGCUUUGGAUUGAUAAAGUAUGAUUUUGCACCAGUAAACUUUCACAGUCAUGCACUCCGUGCAGACAGAGAGCAAACAAGAUGGGUAUUAGUGCUUUGUCUGGAUUCAUUGAAGUGUAUGUGUACUACUGAUUGGAAUUCAAAAAUUCCUUUCGAGCUUUCUGCCAAAAAAUGAUGCUGCAUCUCAGUUAUGUUACAGUUCUUCUCAUGUUGCUGUGGAAGUGCAUUUAAAUGCAUUAGCAUAUGUUAUUAAACAUAACUGUAGUAAUCAUCUGCUGUGUUAUAAAAUAAAACUUACUCCUGUACUCAUUGAGCUUAGGAAAUUAAUAGCCUAUCAAUAAUGCCUAAUCUCAAGGUGCCCUAUCCUUUGUAAAAUAAACAUGUUUCAGACCUGACAGUGGCUAGAAUCAUUUUCCAAGUAUACUUCUCUUUGGGGCAUACAGCUAAGAGCAUGUUGAAAAAUUUGGAGAUUUCCGUGUUAGGCUGAAGCAGCAUUCUGAGCUGAGGUAUGCACCAAAUGGGAUCAAGAGGAAGGGGAAUUUUCUCAUUUUGCCAUUUUUUUAUUUUUACGUGUGAAAGCCAUAUUAGCUUGAGAGGAACAAGCAAAAUAAUGUCAAGUUCUGGGAAGUGUAUGUGCUUGUAGAUCACUUGCACCACCUUGUGAUAAAAAUAAUGUAUAGCAGUCUUUGUAAUCAAGAGCUUUUUACUGUUUCAAUGUCUUAAUAUAUACAUAUGUACAGCAGAGAAAUAACCUGUGACCAGAGGGCUUUUUUUUUUUUUUUAAAAAGUACUUUCCAUAUGUAUUUCAGUUCUGAAGCUAACUGGUUUACAGUGCUAUACAUUAAAAUUGUCAUUUCAGUA